AUGUCGCAGCCUGCAUUUACCCGUGGCCGGCUCCCUGCUGCUGCCGCUGCUGUCACCACCACGGCUCCUCCUUCAACAGACGCCAACGUCGACGUCAAUACCGACGUCAAUACCGACGUACCUCUGUACUCCCAGUACGCAUCUUCCCCUCCUGCCAGCCCUCGACGACGGCCUCCGCCUCCUCCGACCUCUCGUCGCCUCGACUCCCAGCAACACGACGUCGCCGCGGCCCCCUCGCACGAUUCGCGUCCGCAUCACGCCUUUCUUCACGAAUCUCAACCCUUGCAGCACCUUCACGCUGCAGGACCUCACUCGCCACAGUCUGUAAAACCUUUGCUUCACCUGCCAGCAGCUCUUGGUCCUGGUCCUAAAUCACCCCGUCCUGCCGCCCCGAGUCCACUUUCCGCAACACAGCAAUACGAUCCUCCGGCUACGAGCAAAUCACGAGAGCACUCUAGAGGCAGCCCUCGUAAGUCUGGCCGCCACAAUCAGCCUGCUGCGCAGACGACCUUUUACUCGGAUUCGUCAGGCCCUUCGAGUCCAGACCGAGCUAUCGCAAACAGCCAAAGCGUUCCUAAUGUUUCAAGCGUCAACCGCAGCGUCUCCCAACCACUGACUUCCGAGAAACCUACUGCGGCCCCAGGAUCGUCUAACCUUUCCAUGGAUGCACCCGUUGUAGCGGCUCUGGCCCGCGCCAUGCCCGCGCCAAGAAACUCCUCUCUUGAUACAGCCAUCUCAGCCAUGUCAACCCAACGCCCAGACGGAAGCGCCUCCAGCUCAGCCCCGCAGUCUCAUGACAUUGCUCAUCUAAUUCAAACUGCCGGCAGCCCAGAAGCCGUCAUCAAGUACUUGUUGAAAGAGAAGCAAUCCCAGUCGCAGCAGAACAGCCAACUAUGGAGAUUAGUUGAUAAGCAGCGAGCCAUGAUCCUCGGCCUCAACAAGGAUCUCGAGGCGGCCCUCAAAGAUAAAGAACGUUAUAGGAGAAAGCUCAAGGAAUUCAUCAAUAAUCCUUCCGUUAUUCGCGCAGCUGCAGGCCGCGUCCCCCAAGGUGGUGCACAGGAACCUCGUCCUACUCCUCAGGUGGAUGUGGAUACGCACAACGUCAUGAACCCCGAUUCCCCAGUGCUCGAAUCAGACAGUCAAAAGAACUCUCCCGUCGAUCUCACAAUGGCGCCCUAUCCCAUUACACCGCCGGCGGACCGCCCACACCAACACCAAGCUUCAGCUACCGGCGUUGCCGAGGUUCUUGAUCCUUCUCGUUCCAUGCCAAAGCCUCGGGAACACGCCCUCAAUAACUACGACCACGAAGCCGAGGAAAGAGUCGAAGAGCAGGCGCGAAAACAGCGCGGCGAAGAAACGCUGCGUGAGAUUCCAUUCAACGUACAGUUGCCGCCGUCGCGAAGUCUCCCAACUGAAUCCCCCAAGAUGCCGCCGUCGCGAAGCCUCCCAACUGAACCUCCCAAGAUGCCACCACCGCGGCUCCCAUCCCGCCCAGAGUCCCCGUCCCGCAAGAAAGAAUCCGCUUCAAAGCCUGCUGCUCCAUCUCGAAAAGGGCCACCUGCACCUCUCCAGUUGCCCAAGGGUCGUCCAACGCAAUCCUCACCUCCCGUUGGUCAAGGUUCCGACUCUGAAUCAGAAUAUGAUGAUUUGUUGAAUGUGAAUAAGCCUGAUCGAUAUCUUAUAAAAGGGGCUGCCGGCGAUGCGACUUUGAAUCCUAGCUCAGCUGAACAUGCAGGCACUCCGGACCAUGACCACCGCGCGGCAACCAUACCCGAUAUCAACGAGCCUAAUCCGACGCAGGCUGCUUCCAAAGGACAAGGGCCUGAAGCUGCCACCGCAUCUCUUGCUGCUGUUUUGAACACUGAGCGAGGCCAGGCACUGGCACCGCCCAUGCCGAGCCCUGGUUUGCCCAUGAGCCCGCGACCUUUAAAGACGAGCGCCCAAUCACCCCCGCAUUCACCACGAAGUCAAAUGUCACUCUCACCGAGACCGCCUCGCCAACCUAUCCCUCUACCCCCAAACACUCCUCUUGCUACUUCAUCCAGCGCCUCCUCCACCGCACCUUCUCAGCCCUUGCAAGAUUCACCCUUAAACGUACCUAGUAUACGCCAGAUCGACUUGGACGAGAAACCGCCAGCAGACGCGCAGGCAAGCCCGACGGAGCACAAACAAAAACUCAAGGGCUUAGCCACGGACGAAUACCCUGACCUGCUCCUGCCACCGAAUGCCCUCCCGUCCAUCGACAUCAAAGUUGCAUCUUCCCGAAUGAAGCCAUCUCGAGCUAGCUUGCUCUCGCUAGCCCAACUGGAAGAAGAUCCCGUCUUCACUCUUGCCGUCAUCUCUAGAGCUGACCGCGGUGAGCUUUGGCGUGUAGAAAAGGACACUUUGUCUCUAUCUAAGCUUGAUCAGCGCAUGAAACAAUGCCAGGUCUUUACUGCAAAGACGCCAGAAAAGUCGCUUUUCAACGGGCAUUCGCCAGCUAAGCUGGAUGCCCGUCGACAGGCCCUGGAGCAAUAUAUGGACGAACUGCUCAAUACUGAGCUUGAUGAGGCUACAGCUCUCGAACUGUGCAAAUACCUUUCCACUAACGCUUUUGCCCCCAAUGAUGACGAAAUUGGUGCCGUUUCCAGGUUGACGCCAGAUCAAAGCGCGCAGAGCUUUGCGCCUGAUGGACGCGUAGUGCGCAGUGGUUACCUCACCAAAAAGGGCAAGAACUUUGGAGGCUGGAAGGUCAGAUUCUUUGUCCUGGACGGUCUUAAUCUGAAGUACUAUGAGACUCCCGGCGGCCCCCACCUUGGGACCAUCAAGCUGCAAGGCGCGCAGAUUGGAAAGCAGACGCCUAAAAGCGAUAAACAGUCGCAUAAAGGCGAUAAUCAGCCGCUUAAAGGCGACAAUCAGUCGCCUGUCCCCUGCAGCACCGGAGAUGACAACGACAACCAGUAUAGACAUGCCUUUAUGAUUCUCGAACCAAAAAGAAGGGACUCAACAAGCCAUGUCAAGCACAUACUUUGCGCCGAAGACGACGUAGAGCGCGAUUCUUGGAUCGAUGCACUGAUGCAGUGGAUUGAGACUCGGGAUUCCGAAGGCACUGACAGCCACGCAGCCAAGCCCGCUACUCAUGACCGACCGAACCAAGAGUCGACCGGAGCAAAUAAGCUGAAAAAGUCUCUGCAGGCACGAACUGCCCCUCAACAGGCUGGAGAGUCUGAUGGACUCAUUGGCGUGCGUUAUGAUUCGACCAAUGCUGGAGAUGCGCCACAGCAUGGUACUUCUGCUGCGCGACCCAACGCUGCACCUGGUCUACCCGAGCAGCCUAGCCUGCAGAACUUGGGUGAUACACCAACCACCUCUACCCCCAAGGUGAUUUCUGCUCCCAAGGACCUUCACUUGAUUUCGGACGCCUCGAUGUGGGGUAACAGGCUCGGGCCUCUUCAGCCGUCUGCUGAGGAUAAGAAGCAGAGGAAGCGUAGCUUUUUCGGGUUUGGGCCCAAGACAAGAUCGUCGUCGGAUGGCCAGGAAUCUCUGGCUGGUAGCGAAAGCGGAUCGGCGAUAGUGUCGCAAGGCCCGACAUAUCACGUUGGGCAUGUCUUUGGAUCGUCGCUGGCUGAAGCGGUCCAAUUUCACCCGCCACGCGACGUGGAUGUGCCGUUGCCGUCAGUCAUCUAUCGCUGCAUCCAGUAUCUGGAGGCUCAUAAUGCUCUCAACGAAGAGGGAAUUUUUCGCCUCAGUGGUUCGAAUACCGUCAUCAAGCAAAUUCGCGAACGAUUCAAUCACGAAUCGGACAUUAAUCUCAUCACUGACGAGAAUUACUAUGACAUUCAUGCUGUGGCAUCGCUGCUCAAGUUGUACCUGAGAGAGCUGCCCUCGACUAUCCUUACACGCGAUCUGCACCUCGACUUUUUGAACACGACGGAAAUCACAGAUCGCGAUGAAAAGAUUGCGAUCAUGGCCCACCUUGUUCAGCGACUCCCGGAAGCCAACCUGAUUCUCCUCAAGUACCUUAUUUCGUUCCUCAUUCGAAUCAUUAACAACUCUGCGGUGAACAAGAUGACAGUACGAAAUGUUGGCAUUGUUUUUUCACCAACGCUCAACAUUCCGGCGCCAGUUUUUGCUACAUUCUUACAAAACUUUGAAGGAAUCUUUGGCAUUGACCCUGAAGAAUACGAGCUUCCGACAGCGUCGGCGACGGAGGCUGUGCAGAUGACGCAUGCGGGAAGGUCGUCGCGUUCUGACGGUCCAUCACGCCAGGAAACAGCACCUCGACCAUCGACAUCGUCGGGAAGUGCCUCUUCGCCUCACAGACAGGCGAGAGUCGAGGCCGUACGGGGGCCGUCGAGAUCGACCCCCACGCCGCCACUUUCGCAGAGCAGGAUUCCCGCCCGGCAGUCGCCGACACCGUCCACGGGGUCCACCCGUCCGGCCUAUGAACCAGCUCACCUUGCUCAGCAAAACGCAGGUAAGGUCUCGGGUGCGGCAGUACAGCGGCCUGCAUACGAGUACAACCACGGUCUGGAGCAAGCGGGCGGUACAGGCGCUCGACCUCCGGCUGCUUACGACAGAGCCGUUUUCCAGCCUCCCAAUGGACCUGGUAGCAGUUCGAAUCUGGCGCCGAAUGAGCGGGGAAAUAAACGGCGAGAGAGUUCCGUCUAUGCGAGCAGCGGCGGAAGCAACAGUCGCUCUCUGUACUAG